CCGGGUACAUGACAUUUAAAGUUGGGUCGUAAAAUAGGUUACAAUAGGUGAUAACAAAUGUAAAAUUUAAAUAAAUAAAAAAUUGAACAGCGGCCAAAUUAUAAGACGCUCUUCCUACAUAAAACUUCGGUAUCGGGAGAUUUAGAAAUACUGCAAAUGAUGGAUGCAUAGAAAUAAUAAACAUGGCUAGCAAAAUGCAAAUACAUAUUGCUGUGAUUGUUGCGUUCUAUACUUUAUUUUUAAACCAAUACACACAUUGUCAAUUUGGUGACUGUGGAGGAGAUUUGUCUGACCAGGCAGGGGUGAUAACAUCUCCAAAAUUUCCAAGCAACUACCCAGAUAACUCUUUUUGCCAAUGGCAUAUCACUGUUGCUGAUAACCAGGUCAUCAGUCUAAGAUUUAGUCGCUUAGACUUAGAUAGAUACAAUGAUCAGUACUGCAUGGAUUCUGUCACAUUCUUUGAUGGACCCAGUCAACAAUAUUCACGGAUAGGCGAGAUAUACUGUGGUUACAAUAAUGAAGAAAUCACAUUGAGUAUUCUAAUUCGAUCUACUGCCAAUACAAUGACAGCAGUUUUUCAAUCAGACAGCUCAGUCUCCAGAACCGGGUUCAGCGCUUCAUAUAGAGCCUUUGACUGUGAACCGUUCACGUAUGGUUCUGAAACUUGUGACAGAAACUGCUCUUGCAUCCAAGCGAAUACAGAUUACUGCCAUAACAUAAAUGGGCAAUGUAUUUGUAAUGCUAACUGGACAGGCCUGGACUGUUCAAUUCUAGUUGACCACUGCCAAGAUCCAAACAUUUGCAGUGAUCUUUACGACCGAUGUGUUAACAUUCCUGGAGGCUAUGAGUGCAGGUGUAAACCUGGUUUAGCCAAAAACAGCACUGGGCAAUGUGAAGAGCUCCAGAACUGUACCCAAAAACAGUGUUCUCAUUACUGUGGCCUGACUGAAUCAAAUCCACCAUUAGAAACUUGUUACUGUCCAAAGGGAAUGAAGCUUACUGAUGCUACCACUUGUGUUGAUUGUUCUGACUGGUACUACGGAGAUGACUGCGCCUACUACACUCAGUGUAAUCCAUCCAGGACUGAAUCCUACAACAAAACCAACGGCCUGUGUCACUGUUUCCUGAACUGGCAAUCCACGUACUGUAACGAAGAUUUUGAUGAGUGCAGGUUUUUAAAACAGCCUUGUGUCCUGGAGAAAGAUCACGCCAGUUGUUAUAAUACUUUAGGAUCGUUUGAAUGUCGAUGUUCUCCAGGUUAUGAGCCAGUGAAUGAUACAACAUGUGAUGAAUGCGGAAAAAUUUUGACAGCAACUUCAGGGACAAUUAAUUCUACCACCCACCGUUUAGCCGAUAACAAAGUUAGUCAAGACUGUAACUGGACAAUAUCCGCUCCAGUGGGACGUGUCAUUUCUUUAAGGUUUCUGUCCAUAAACUUUUAUUACUAUAACUGGUACUGGUGGUGUUCAGCCAAUAUUCACAUCUUUGAUGGUAAUACCACGGAUUCUACUUUAAUAUGGAGAGGAACCUCUUGGCCUAGUCCAAAUUUAAUACGGACGUCUGGCAACGAAAUGUUAAUUGUACAAUACCAAGAUUCUUGUGACCACGAGAAUAAUUUCAUCGAAUUCAUUGCCUCGUUUUGGACACACGAAUGUCCUCCCAACAUGUACGGUGACAACUGUUCAAUUCCUUGUUCCUGUGAGAUCAACAACACCAUCAGAGGAUGCAACAGCUCCACUGGAUACUGCUCAUGCAAGUCGGGAUGGAGAGGCAGUGACUGCUCUGUAGACAUUGACGAAUGUUCCCAGUACCGGUACUACUUUCCUUGCCCAGACUAUUCACGUUGUUACAACCUACCAGGCAGCUACGAGUGUCAAUGUAAAUCUGGACUCGUCUUGGGCUCCAACAAAGUUUGUAUCUAUGAUAUGAAUUCAAGAAACUGCACCACAAGAAACUGCUCACACAUGUGUGUCAACUAUAUACCAGUAAACAAGACCUCCCCAGUAGAUCAGUGUUAUUGCCCGAUAGGCAAGGAACUGGCUGGUGACCAAUGUAUCGAUUGCACUAACUGGAAAUACGGACCUGACUGUGAAAGAAGCACCGGCUGUAUUAGAGAUCACACAGCAAAAUACAACUCCUACAAUGGUCAAUGCUCUUGUUAUCCUAACUGGACAAAUACUUAUUGCGAAUACGACUAUGAUGAGUGUUACUAUGGGAUGUACACUUGUCAGCCUCACUCAUUAUGUUCCAAUACAGACGGCGGCUACGAGUGUUACUGUGAUCAACAAUACGGUUACAUUGAAGUAAUUAAUAAAACAUGUGAACACAUUGAUUGCAACAAGAUAUUUACCAAUGAAACCGGCGAGAUCACCAACUACUUUUACACUAAUCGGUUUGUGAUACUAAACGCUAGUUGCUCAUGGCUUAUCAGUGUGAGAAGUGACUUUAUCAUAUCUCUCAGAUUCUCUACAUUCUACUUAUAUAGUAGCUACGGCUGUCAAAACCAAUAUUUUGAAAUAUAUGAUGGUAAUAACGUUUCAAGUCAUCGCAUAGGCCGUUACUGUGGCAGUGGCAUCCCCAGUGUUAUCCGAACAACAGGGAAUAAUAUGCUGGUUAGAUUUAUUUCUGACUCCAGCUAUUAUAACAAUGAUAAAAACUUUUAUGCGACAUACACAUCACACACGUGUCGAAACUUUACCUAUGGCAAGGAGUCAUGUGACAAGAACUGUCGCUGUGUGAAAGAAAACACUCAGUUCUGUGACAACAUUAACGGAGAAUGUAUCUGCAAGCUUGGCUGGACAUCAGGAGACUGUUUUACUGAUGUGAAUGAAUGUAUGGGCACCAACAACAAAGUCUGCCCACCAAACUCUGACUGCAUCAAUACUAAAGGAAGUUACAGGUGUCAGUGCCACUUAGGUUACAAACUUAAUGUGAACACUGGAAAUUGUGAAGAAAGCUCUGACUGUGUUGUGAAGCACUGCUCACACUCAUGCUACAUUAUCAGUCCUGGUAAAGAGCAAUGUGUUUGUCCUGAAGGCCUUGAACUUGAUGAAGGGACACAACUGAAUUGUGUUGUACCUUACUAUCCCUAUGGUAAGGAAGCUGGAGAUAAACUACUUUCAGAUGACUAUAUUUCAAUAGGCUCUAUCCAUGUCAGUAAGCCUAUUCAUUUCAGAACCGGAGCCGUAUUUAGUAAUCAGUACCAAACAUCAGCAUUUGUAUUCUCUAAUGGAGUUAUAGGCUUUAAUGACAACAUGUUUACAAUAGGAGGCACCACAGAUAUCAGUAAAGUCACCAACCUUAACAUUGUUGCUCCAUAUUUGGCUAAUAUCAAUCCAAAUCAAGGUCAAGUCUAUUACCACUUGUAUGACAAGUUUGGGGAUCAAUUUGGAGAUGUUGUAGAGAGAUUUGACAAUCCAAAGAUGGCGGAAAUCUAUGCAAGAGCACAGAAGGAUGUAAGAGAGUAUCACGGCUUUGCAGAUUUUAAAGUCAACAACGUCUUAAUAACUACUUGGGUUAGAGUACAACCUUUUUCUCCGCAUAAUGAAACCUCAGAAGACAAUACUUUCCAAGCAAUUUAUAUUAGUGGUUGGGAAACAGCUAAAAUAUCCGGACAGACUUUAGAUGAAGAAUCUGCUUAUGUAAUUUUUCUUUAUCAAUUUGGAAAAAUGAAAUGGGACUAUGUGCCAGGAAGGACCAUAAGUAUUGGAACAACAGGAAGAAACUUAAAUAUUCUCCAAGAUUUGGAUACGCCCCUAGUGGCCUUGUUGGACAGAGUUCCUGGAAACACUGGCUAUAAAGGGGUUGUGAGCUUUGAAGUAGGCAGAGUUUAUGGCAAUGCUCAGUCUUGUAACAGAUAUGUCUGUGAUAAUGUUAACCUUCUAAACAAUGGAAGAUACCAACAUGAGAAAAAUGAAUUGUAUAGAUGCCCGUGCACUUUGGAAAGACUUGGUAACCAAUGGCAGUUGUUUGAAACAUGAGGACUCUUGAAUGAGAUUUACUGCUAUGCUAUCAGCCCUGUUGCAAAACGCAGACUACUCAGCAACAACAUAAGAAAUGAGCUUUGUUGCUACCGAUGGGUCAAACCUGAAAAUGAUGAUUGGAGGGAAUGGUUGAGGACCUGGAGAGAAGCCACCUACUUGCCACCCUCUCCAUACUCUGGUCACAUCCUAGUCAGAGACCCCUGGGACUACA